AAACCAAACAUUCAUUUAUUUUAUUCCCAAAAAAAGGGAUGAGUUUUCAACGAUACCAGUCUUGUACAGGAAGCAAACUGAAAAGGACUGGAAACAGGCAAAGCUGUUGAAAACGGAGAUCUCUCAGAAAAGCACCAUAGAAGGAAAAAGACAUAACCCAACUAGAAGCAGUCGACCCCCGAAUCACGAGUAGAAAUUCUUGGGGAAGGAUUUGAUGUUCGGUGGCAGAGCAGAUGUUGAAGGUUUGGGCCGAAUGAGCAUGAUGAAGUCGGCCCCUCUGCUUAAUCCUAAUCCUAAUCCAAAACCUCCUUUGGAGAGGGCUGGCCCACAGACUCCGACGCAGCCUCAGUGGAGCCAGCAGGAGACGAGGGAGUUCAUAGCGAUCCGUGCGGAGGUCGAGAUGGAGAGGGACCUUACCGCCGCUACUAACGCUAACACCAUUUCCGGCGUUGCCAACAGUGGUAAGAGGAGCAAGACGACUGCGCUUUGGGAGGUGGUGAGCGGUAGGAUGAGCGAGAGAGGGUACAAGAGGACGCCCGAGCAGUGCAAAUGCAAGUGGAAGAACCUCCUCAAUCGCUACAAGCUCGUACAGGGGAAGGAGACAUCCGAUCCAGAUAAUGUACGACAGUGCCCCUUUUUCGAUGAACUCCAUGCAGUAUUCACUGAAAGAGCAAAGAACAUGCAGCGAUUACUUCUUGAAUCUGAGGCAGGUUCUAGCCAGGCAAAGAAAAGUUUCAAAAGAUCAACUGGAGAUCGGUCCUCGGAUGAAAUCUCAAAUGACGAAGACGAGGAUGAAUAUGAUAGUGAGGGGGAGAGGCCUGCCAGAAGCAAUUCCAGAAGAAGGAAGGCUGAAAGACUCGCAUUGGACAAGCCUUCAAGAGCAACCAACACGGGGCAUGCUAGCACUAGUAAAAACAGUGAUAUUCAUGAAUUGCUGAAGGAAUUUUUCCAGCAGCAACAUAGGAUGGAGAUACAGUGGAGAGAGAUGAUGGAGAGGCGUGUUCAGGAGCGAGUUUUGUUUGAGCAGGAAUGGCGACAGACAAUGGUAAAGCUUGAAAGAGAGAGGAUAAUGGCUGAGCAGACUUGGAGGGAGAGGGAAGAGCAAAGGAGGAUGAGAGAAGAGACCCGAGCUGAGAAGAGGGAUGCUCUGUUGACCACCCUCUUGAACAAACUUCUCCAUGAAGAUAACCUUUGAGGUGGAGAUGGUCUCUCCCUUCAAUCUCUUCAUUGCUUCCACAUGUUAUGCUUUUACUUGGGAGGCUUGAACAGAUAAAGCUAUCAGCUGAUGAAGAAAGACAUACUAAUAGUGAAAUCAAACGGAAAAAAAGAAGGAAAAAGAGAUAAACAGGAUGUAGGCAUACAGUUGCUAUUUGUUUAGGUAUAAGGUCCUUUGUUUGCUAAAUUGACAUCUAUAGAUAGUUUUUGGAUAUUCAUUCAUAACUACCAAGGGGCAUAGUUUAUGGAUCUUGAUCCUGUUUCAUGAGACUUUCUAUUCACUAAUUUUUUGCUUCAUGUGCAUAUUUCUUUCCUUGGAGAACAUAGCGAGAAUGUUAAGUAUGUUGGUUGUAUUUUUUUUUUUAAAUUUAUUGUCCUUUUGUCUUGACAUUGGUGUAUUAUUUCAUGCAUUGUCUUUUAAAGCCGGUAUUGAUUUUUCUUUUUAAUUGAAGUGUGAUUGUGGAUUGUAAUGUACUAUCUUAAUGGAAGUUACCAUGAAUUAUUUCUGCA